AUGAUGAGAUUCAAUCGAAGUGUAGUCGUCAGCAAUGUUUUGACUGUCCUGUUGGAUGCUGCAAGGCAAGAGAAAUUCGGAGGUUUCAAAGUCGAUCCAGAAUCAAUUAAACAAGUUUUUAUAACCACAGACGGCUCGGAAAGCACAACAAAAAGUAUGUUUUACAAAGAAAUAUUAUUGUUAAGUGUUUACACGUAUUCGUCCGAAGAUGGAAAUUUUUAAUUGUAUUCCGUAUCUGUUUAAUUAAACAAGUCAUUUCUGUGAGUCAUAUAUUUCCAAGUUUUGUUUUCGUCGCUGUUGUUGUUUUUAUUAAAUUAAACAAAAUAUUACUUUUAAAAAUUAUUAUAGAGAGAGUAGCACCUUGCUUUUCCUUAGUACCUAGCCAGUUCGAGUUAACGGUUUUCGUUCUAGAACAUAAGCUAUGUAGUGAGAGCAGUGUACUGACCACGAUCACUGGAAAUGUUGUUUGAAUAUUACCUGAUCAGACUUUGUAAAAUGAAUCAUUUUAGGUCCUGAGGAAUGUAACUGCCCAUCUAACAACGUCUCGUUAGCCAUAAAUGGGGUUCUUGCCUUCAUAAUCGUUCUUCUAAUUAUUUACAUAAUCUGGCUACAUAAGAAAGGUAGGUAAAAAAUUCAUAAUCUAUGAUAGAGGGUUUGGCUGCAAGAUUCUUUAUUAAGCAAAAGCAAAUCUUGACCCACAUCCACAUCAUUUGUCUUUUUUUUCCUUUCGUUCUUUUUCAGGCGCUGUUGGGAAACAGAGGUAAGAAUUUGCUGCCACUUGGAUUGUGUCCAUGUAAUGUACCAGAUAUGGUAUCAUCUUAUAACAAACUUCCACUUAAAAACUGAUGAGAUUCUCAGCUCGUCAUAAAUAUUUGUAUGCUUUCUCAAUUGUAGGACUUAUGAAGAUGAAAGAGGUGUUUCCUACGUAAGUUACAGCUAAGACAUUGAGGUCAUGUUAGUGUGGCCUGUAAUUAUGUAAUCUCACUUAACCUCUACUCUCUAGAAGGAAAUAAACGCUUGUAACAAAUAGGAAGGAAAAAAGGUGUAGUUCUACCAAAAAGGCAUAAUGCAUUAAUAACAGGUACAAUAGAAUAUAGGAAGAAGUUUGACUCGAUAAGGUCUUUGUCCUGGGAUCAUGUCCUUUACCAAGCUGCUCCAUCGAUUUUCCUUCGGUUGUCCCUGGUUCAACUGCGUGGUUUCACUUCAUAGAUCGCUAACUGGUCUGCACCCGGUUGAUAUUUGUUUUGUAAAUAAUUUUUUUUUCACGCCGUUUUGGCCGUCUGUUUAUCUUGAUGCCUUAUUUUCAAAGCGUUAGUCCAGGGGUUACCGGUCACCUCGCCACCAAGCAGACUCGCCACCAGCGAACUCGCCACCAAGGAACGAUCUCGCCACCAACGUACUCGCCACCAAGCGAAGUCUUCUCGCCACCAACCACCAAUAAAGAGAUAAACUAGAAUAAAGUAGUCGAGGAGAGUAGGAUGUUCGAACGAGCACAAUUCAAAUCGGCCGAUACGUUUGUGCGCUUGUCUGUAUUUAAAUUAUGACCUUCAGCGACGUGUUAGAUGUGUUCCGUUCCUAACUCAUUGACAUCGAAACGUAUCGUGUUUGUCUUUUGCACGUAAGCGAGGAGAAAUUGCAAAACUCGAUGCGAGGAAUAAAAACUUACUCAAUAUUCGGUCGAAUUAUAUUACCCAGUUUCCCCGCGGCAAAAUAACAACAAACUUUAUUGAAUAUUAAAUCUGGAAGAGCAGCUCAUAUGAGUUUUCUAAUGUACUUGUAGGUACGGCUGUCUGCGCGGUAGGCUGGCUCCAAUCCCAACUCUUGAACCUUAUUGAAAAAAAGGAAAACAAAUUUUCAGAGAUAUCGGUUUCGAACGUGCUUUCGACAACAUACGUUUAUAAAGUUUGAGUACAGACAAGCGAACAAACUUAUCGGUUUCGAACGUGCUUUCGACAACAUAUGUUUAUAAAGUUUGAGUACAGACAAGCGAACAAACUUAUCGGUUUCGAACGUGCUUUCGACAACAUACGUUUAUAAAGUUUGAGUACAGACAAGCGAACAAACUUAUCGGUUUCGAACGUGCUUUCGACAACAUACGUUUAUAAAGUUUGAGUACAGACUUAUCAGCCGAACAUCCUACUGUCCUCGACUAAUCUCUUUAUUGGUGGUUGGUGGCGAGAAGACUUCGCUUGGUGGCGAGUACGUUGGUGGCGAGAUCGUUCCUUGGUGGCGAGUCUGCUUGGUGGCGAGGUGACUGGAUACCAGUCCAGGAGCUUAGUACAGCAAGAGUUUUUUUUUCGUGUGUGCAUUUGUCAAACAAUUGCACUACCAAUCGACGAUCUUCAUGUUGCAGUUUGUAGCUGCAACGCAUAUGCUAUGAACCUCGAUCACUGCAUUGGACAUGAUAGUUUCAAUGGCAGAGAACAAAGUGUUAGUAAUAAUAAAUAUUAGUAAUAUUUAAGGACAAGAGAUUAUAAACUACUAAUAAUCUCUUGUUAUGAAAUAAUAUAAACGCUUGUCUGAUGAAAACGGGUAAACUGAUUUUUAUAAAAAUGCAGGAAAUUUUAUUGGGAUUAACAACAGACUUGUAUAUGAAUACCUUAACGGUAUGUUGGUUUAAUAGAAUGAAACAGGAUUAGAAGAUAGCGAACCAAAUCUACCCGAUUCAGCAAAACUCACCCAGCCUCCUGCGGAAUACAUGGAUCUCAUAGAAGUCAACAAACAUGAUAGAAAAGCACAAAGUACCGCUUCAGGUGCUGAUUACGUGCCUCUUCAUCCGUUAACACGCUGCUGGGAAGUUUCAAGACACCACGUGACCAUAGAAAAAAUUAUUGGUAAAGGUGCUUUUGGUCAGGUUGCCAAGGGAACAGCAGUAGGACUUCGAGGGAGUCCUGAAACGACCACAGUGGCUAUUAAGAUGCUUAAAAGUGAGUUCUUGAACUGUAAAUUGAAUGAGAGUCUUGGCCUACAGUCAUAUACUGUUACCGGGUUACCGUAACUUUUUAGCUAUUUGUGAUUGGAUAAGUUAUGUCGCUAUUUCAACAUUUUGCAUAUUAUUCCCGUAAACCAAAUUUUACUCCUUGUUUUAACGCUCCAGAAAACGCUACUGAAUCGGACAAGAGAGAUUUGAUGAAAGAACUUGACACAAUGAAGCAGCUGAAACCACAUCCUUACGUCAUUAAACUUCUGGGAUGCGUUACAGAAUCUGGUAAGCUUUGAUUAUGAGGUCUAAUUUUGCUGUACACAUUUUGCAUCUGAUUUACUCUGUAGCGCUUUCUCGUCAUUGAUAAUUUGCUUCAGUGGAAGAUUCACUGCUUCACAAUUGCGCACAACAAACAACGCAUAUGGUAAUUUUAUCCUUUUUUAGCUAACAGCGACGCUCUUGGAUUUGCUGAUAGACGAAGACCAAAUAUUUGCCAUUGUACAAGCCAUUCUGUUGUAUAAGCAGAAUCGCUUUUUCUAAGGGAAUAUUUGAUCUGUACCUUCUUAUGAGAUCGUUACAAAGUUUUCCAGCUUUUCAUCGUAAAACUACAUCUUGUUUUCGUGCGAUUUCUUCAAAUGUAUUGACCCUGACUGCUAUUUAUUUUUUUUUUUACUUAUUGCUAAUUUUUUUUUAGAGAGAGAAAUAUCUAAAUGAAACUGUUUAAUUUCCUCAGAACAGCUGCUGGUUUUGAUUGAAUAUGUGCCUUUUGGGGAUCUGCUGGGUUACCUGAGAAAGAGCCGUGGAUUAAAAGACACUUACUUCCAAGACCCGGAAGUCAAACCACAAACAAAUCUGACGUCACAGCAGCUGAUGAAGUUUGCUUGGCAAAUUGCUGAUGGAAUGAGUUAUUUGUCCUCAAAAUCUGUAAGUUAAUUAAAAAGGCACCAAAGAAAAACAAUUCUAAAACCUUCUUGUAAGAUGUAUCGUCAUGUUAAGCUAUGUCUUGCAUAGAAAAAUACGUCUUCACAAGAUCACGCCCGGGAUAUGCAAACGUAUUCUUACCGUCUUGUUGAGGCUAUUUCUUUAGGGCCAGGAACCCUACCAAUUUUGACGUCAUCACCUAAGUUAUAUUUCAGUGUGCGAAUGGCGAUAUUUGUGCAUCUUUGCAAGUGUACCUCAUCGAAAUAAAAUAUCUGGGUUUUUCUCGUGUAGGCAAAGGCAGAGACGUGAAUGAAUAGGAUCUUUAAUUCAGCCUAAACUGAGUGUACAACGAAUAUUCAUUUUAGUGACAAGAAAGAAAAGGAAUCAAAACUUGAAAUUAAAAAAUUCGUCUUUGGUUGCUAAAAUGCUACAUUACAGAACCCUACUUCGAAUAAAAUCUUCAGAUAAGCUUUCUAUGUAAUAAUUAUGAAUUGCAGAAAUAAAGUGGUUUGCUUCUCUUUGGAAUAUGGAACAGCGAUUAUAGUAAUUUUAAUUUUCUGCCAUCUGGAAUACAGAGAAAUACACACACCAUAUUAUGUCGCUGGAUAUUUCUAUUUUCCUAUCUGAACCAUUUAAUUUCAGUUCUUUUUCUUCUGGAAUCGCUAAUUUUUGCUCUCGGAUCAAUGCUUUCUUAGAUCAUUCACCGAGACCUUGCGGCUCGUAAUGUGUUGGUUGGACAUAAGGAAACUUGUAAAGUGACAGACUUCGGAAUGGCAAGAGAUGUGCAGCAGGAAAAUAUUUAUGAACGAAAGACUAAGGUAUUCAAGAAAGAGGGGAGGUGGGGGCGGUACUACAUAUCGUUCAGUUUAGUGAUCUUUCACAAUCAUUGUACUCCUGAUUUCGAUGACAAAAUCCUUGGACGGGACCGUAAUAAAAAAUAUUAGUCUUGCGUAUACGAGUAUAAUUGUAAAUAUCACUGUCUUUGACCGGUCGCUUCCUAUAAUUUUUUUAGCUGUUUCACAAAGUGAUAUUUGAAAUCUUUAGGGCCGUCUUCCCGUGAAGUGGACAGCUUAUGAGGCCUUGAUGUAUGGUAAAUAUACCACGAAAAGUGAUGUGUAAGUAUACCCGAUUAUUACCCGUAGCAAUUUUCCAACAAGUUUCACCAAUAGAAUAAGAGAGAGGGUAAGUUUUGGGCUCGGUAAUGAAAUAGAGAAAGAUGUUUUUCAUCCUCUCACGAGCGUUGGACAAUGAAAAAAUUCUUGACCCCCCAUGAGGAAUCGAACCUCAGACCAUCGGAUUCCGCGCUCCGAUGGUCAUACCACUGAGCCACAGAGACUCUUCAGUGAGUGAGGUUUAUUACUAAGUUCAUAUGACACGCGUCCUGCAUACUGCAAGGAUCAGCAAUGUCGAUAUAGAGUCAUGUUUGUACAUAAAAAUAAGAGAAAGAAUCGGAGCGCGGAAUCCGAAGGUCUGAGGUUCAAUUCCUCGUUGGGAGUCAAAAUUUUUUCUUUGUCCCACACUCGUGACAAGACGAAAAAAAUCUUUCUCUAAGUGUUAUAAAUUUUAACUAGGGCAUGAAUUCUAUGCUUUGUCAAAGAGUACAUGUAUUUUAAUUGUCGUAUAUAAUGUUAAUGUCUUCAGUCACCCAAUAUAUAUUUGUUUGAUUUGUCUUUCCGCAGAUGGAGUUACGGAGUUUUGCUGUACGAGAUUUUCACCAUAGGUAACAUCGAAUGGAAAUUUAUAAGGCCCUGUAGAUGUUUUUUGCUAUAUACCAUGUUUAAUUAAGCAAUUUAACGUGUUCAGUUAGACAAACGUAAUGAGCUUCAAACUUCAUCAAAUGAUCUGGGUGGCGUUUCAGUGAAGGUCGUUUUUUCGUCACAUUUAUAUUUCGAUGGUCUUAUGGUUCUUCCAGGUGGUUCACCUUACCCACGAAUGGAUGGAAGAAAAAUUGCAAACUUACUUCAGGAUGGAUACAGGAUGCCUAAACCACAACACGUCGAUGAAGAAUUGUAGGUGUUUUUUCAAUUCGUUCUCUCUCACCCUACAAGGAAGCGUUCUUUAAAUCUCUAACAGAUCAUUUGAACAAUACCAGGUAUCAGAUUAUGAUGAAAUGCUGGAAGAAUGACCCAGAUGCAAGACCAACUUUUACUGAAUUGAAAAAUCAGCUUAAGGACAUGGAAACCCUACACAAGGUGAGAAUUUUGAUCAACAUGAAAGUUUCUUUUCACGUUUGACCGACUGGCUUAGGCUCAGCUAAUUAGGGUUUUAAACAUAGUAGCGUUUAGCUUAGAUAGCGUGAUUUUUACGAAGUUUGGAUUGCAUCUUCUUGUUAUGUCACUGAAGCUAGCACUCCACGAAAAACGGGGAAGAAGCGAACUAGAAUGCCCCUGCUACAAUUGACUCAUUAUGGUUAUUUAAAAGAUGGUAGGAUUAUUGCAAAACUGCACUGAGACGCGCAAAGAGUAGCAGACGACGACGCCAUAAAAUACUUUAUUGAAUUUGUUUUGGUGUGAAAAGCUGACCACUUGUGAGGAUAAACGCUUAUAACUUAAGAGGAACACUUUUUUAAUGAUGCUGAUUAUUAUAUUAUUCUUUUCUGCAGAAGCUGAUCAACAUGACAAUGUACGACAAGCAGUUGUAUGCAAACGUCGAGGAUUUAAUAGUGUAGUUAGAUAGAUUUCCGCGGUAAAUGACUGGCUUACAGUUUGAACACUUUGCCUCAGCAAGUUUCAGGGAUGAAUCAUCUUUGCCUUACACGCUUACUUGGUAGAAAAAGCCAUUUUGUAUUAAGAAAUUAGGCUGGAACGUUAUGACUCAAUUGAUUUUAUAUUCUUAAACGCUGUAACGCUUUUAUCAGUUUACUGAUAAAGUAUACUCUCAUGUUCUCUUUAACAUGUUUAGCACUUACACGCAUGCUCGACACAAGCGUUUGAAUUCAGUUUAUUUCCUGGCUCAAUUCUGAAAGGCAGGACAGCGCAAAAAAAAAAGCUAGUUAACUAGAUUGAUGAGAUCUAGCUCAGAUUGCCAUAGUUGUCUACAGUUUUAGUAAAUUGCUGAAAAAAUUGUUUUGCCGCAAAACCCGCUCGAUUUUAGGAAAGCUAUCCGGCGCAUAAUCUGCUUUCCCUAAGACCGCAUUUACCUGCGAUACCAACUCGAAAUACUUUUACACUGAAAGUAUUAUUAAUUAAAAAUUAACGUUAUCCUAAUUGAAAAAUUAUACUUGGCACAUUACUUGAGCAAUCGUCUUAGCUUUGAAUCAAAGUGCUCUGUGAGCAAACUCGUGAAUUGACAGAUGACUUACAUAAUUUUUUGGAUUAUGUUUAAGGUUAUCUGGCUUAGGGAAUUUUGUGGUUGAUUGUCAUAUUUAGAGUACGAGCAGUAGUUCAGUGUUCGCUAAUGUAGCAAAUCAAAUCACUUUGGUCGACAGAAAAAUAUUGGUUUCAGAAUUAAUUUGUAUAAGCAAUCGUGUCAAUUACGUUAGUUGGCAAGCGGCCUUAAAACCGUCUGCAGUUAAUUUUAAUCGUUCUCAAAAAGUACAUAGAAAGUUAAAACGUGAAGUAUUUGGUUACAGUUAAACUGAACGAUGUAACUUUUAUUCAUUUAAUAUCUGAAUUUUCUCAAACGAUUUGUUCGUAGUAAAAGAGCGAGCGA